AACCGUACAGGCAUUUCUAUCCAGAAAACCGCAGCCCCCUGUUGACUUGCAAUCCUGUUGACUUGCAAUUCAGGCGAUCUUUACCUUCCCAAUAUGGCGGCGGUGUUGACGUACGAUCCAAAGACUCCUUGACAGCGUCCCUCUCGGCCCGGCGGACCUUCGACUGUCCCUAGUGGAGGCUGUAGCAACAAGCUGCUAACUGGUCAACAUAACGCUACAGACUGUUUCUGUAGCAUAUAGUUGCUAAGAACACCUCGCAGUCGAGCGCGUCGUACCGAAACAGAAUACUCCAUCCAACCCGUGGCCAUGAGAGAGGCAGGGGCCAAACAAAACUUCUGGAUCUACAGACAGAGGAUUGUCCCAACGGGGCCGGAUCUUUCCCUGGGUCACAGAUAACAUCUUGGAUCGGUGAGGUUUUACUUUCUCGCCCUCCAGUUGAAUUAGUACCGCCUCAAGCCAAUGUAAUCUAUAUACUGCUGGGAUCGUUAUCGAAAGCGAAAACAGUUUUGUUUUUUAAGGUGGGGAUCAUAACAGACAAACUCAGACCAGCUCCAGAGUGGUAACCAGCGCCAGAGGUGUGUGUGUGUGUGUGUGUGUGUGUGUGUGUGUGUGUGUGUGUGUGUGUGUGUGUGUGUGUGUGUGUGUGUGUGUGUGUGUGUGUGUGUGUGUGUGUGUGUGUGUGUGUGUGUGUGUGCGCAUGUAUUUGCGAUUGUGCGGGCGUGCCUCUGUGAAGCCGGUCUGGGAAGAGGUAACAGGCGAGUGUUCCUCGGAGACAGUGGUGGAGACAGCAGUCCCAAAGUAAACAGGAUCUCCCGCCGAAGGUCAGGGCAGGCUCGCUCAGACAAUACCCUGGGUAUUAUCCAGGGAAAUGGCUAAGAAUAGAGAACCAGGGAGUAAGGUGUGUUGUUUGGGCCGAUGGGCCAGCUGGAACAUAUUCUUGGGAAGAGUGACUCCGGCGGUUGUUUUAGUUUGGUCUGGGGCUGAUGAACUGAGACGCCAUCUCUGUCUGUGAUCGGGAGAAAUGGAGUUGUUAUGCUUGCAGACAUAUAAACCAUGAUCCCCAUCACUGAGCUGCGCUACUUUGUAGACACCCAGCCUGCCUAUCGCAUCCUGAAGCCAUGGUGGGACGUGUUCACAGACUACAUCUCCAUCGUCAUGCUCAUGAUCUCGGUGUUCGGGGGGACGCUGCAGGUCACCCAGGACAAGAUGAUCUGCCUGCCCUGCAAGUGGGUGGUGAAUCAGACCUGCAGGAGGUACUUCAACUCCUCCCACUCCACGGCCCUGGAGCCUAAGGGCAUCCAGUAUGACCUGGACAGGCACCAGUACAACUACGUGGACGCCGUGUGCUACGAGAACAGACUGCACUGGUUCGCCAAGUACUUCCCCUACCUGGUGUUGCUGCACACCCUCAUCUUCCUGGCCUGCAGCAACUUCUGGUUCAAGUUUCCCCGCACCAGUUCCAAGCUGGAGCACUUUGUGUCCAUCCUGCUCAAGUGCUUCGACUCGCCGUGGACCACCCGGGCUCUGUCCGAGACGGUGGUGGAGGAGAGCGACCCCAAGCCCAUGAAGAUGAACGGCUCCAUGGACCACAAGGAGUCGGUCAUCAGCGAGGACGUGGAGGCCAGCGUGCCCAUGCUGCAGCGGACCAAGUCGCGCCUGGAGCAGGGCAUCGUGGACCGGACGGAGACUGGCGUGCUCGAUAAGAAAGAGGGGGAACAGGCCAAGGCGCUCUUCGAGAAAGUGAAGAAGUUCCGGAUACACGUUGAGGAAGGAGACAUUGUGUACAGACUGUACGUCCGUCAGACAAUCAUCAAGGUCAUCAAAUUCAUCCUGAUCAUCUGCUACACGGGGUAUUACGUGCAAAACAUCCAGUUCAGUGUCGACUGUCAUGUGAACAUUGAGAGCCUCACCGGUUACAGCAUGUACCGCUGCGCUCACCCGUUGGCGACGCUCUUCAAGAUCCUGGCCAGUUUCUACAUCGGCCUGGUGGGGGUGUACGGGCUCAUCUCCAUGUACACCCUCUGCUGGAUGCUGCGGCGCUCCCUGAAGAAGUACUCGUUCGAGAGCAUCCGCGAGGAGAGCAGCUACAGCGACAUCCCGGACGUGAAGAACGACUUUGCCUUCAUGCUGCACAUGAUCGACCAGUACGACCCGCUGUACUCGAAGCGCUUCGCCGUGUUCCUCUCGGAGGUGAGCGAGAACAAACUGCGGCAGCUGAACCUCAACAACGAGUGGACGCUGGACAAGCUCCGGCAGCGGAUCACCAAGAACUCUCAGGAGAAGCUGGAGCUGCACCUGUUCAUGCUGAGCGGCAUCCCGGACACGGUGUUCGACCUGAUGGAGCUGGAGGUGCUGAAGCUGGAGCUGAUCCCGGACGUCACCAUCCCGCCCAUCAUCGCCCAGCUGGUGAAUCUGCGGGAGAUGUGGCUGUACCACACGCCGGCCAAGAUCGAGGCUCCGGCGCUGGCGUUCCUGCGCGAGAACCUCAAGUCGCUGCACAUCAAGUUCACGGACAUCAAGGAGAUCCCCCUGUGGAUCUACAGCCUGAAGAACCUGAGCGAGCUGCACCUGACUGGCAACCUGAGCGCCGAGAACAACCGCUACAUCGUCAUCGACGGCCUGCGGGAGCUGAAGCGCCUCAAGGUGCUCCGGCUGAAGAGCAACCUCACCAAGCUACCUCAGGUGGUGACGGACGUGGGCAUGCACCUCCAGAAGCUCUCCAUCAACAACGAGGGCACCAAGCUCAUGGUGCUCAACAGCCUGAAGAAGAUGGUGAACAUGACGGAGCUGGAGCUCAUCCGCUGCGACCUGGAGCGCAUCCCGCACUCCAUCUUCAGCCUGCACAACCUGCAGGAGAUCGACCUGAAGGACAACAACCUGAAGACCAUCGAGGAGAUCAUGAGCUUCCAGCACCUGCACCGGCUGGUGUGCCUCAAGCUGUGGUACAACCAGAUCGCCUACAUCCCCAUCCAGAUCGGCACCCUGGCCAACAUGGAGCGGCUCUACCUGAACCGCAACAAGAUCGAGAAGAUCCCCAGCCAGCUCUUCUACUGCGGCAAGCUGCGCUACCUGGACCUGAGCCACAACAACCUCACGUACAUCCCGGCGGACAUCGGCUUCCUGCAGAACCUCCAGUAUCUGGCCGUCACAGCCAACAGGAUCGAGACGCUGCCCAGCGAGAUGUUCCAGUGCAGGAAGCUCCGCACGCUGAACCUGGGGAACAACUGCCUGCAGACGCUGCCCUCGCGCUUCGGGGAGCUGACCGGCCUCACGCAGCUGGAGCUCCGGGGCAACCGGCUGGAGUGUCUGCCCGUGGAGCUGGGCGAGUGCAAGCAGCUCAAGAGGACAGGUCUGGUGGUGGAGGAGGACCUCUUCAACACCCUGCCCACCGAGGUCAAGGAACAGCUGUGGAAGGUGGACAAGGAGCAAGCGUGAACACAUCGGGGGGUUGUGUGUGUGUGUGUGUGUGUGUGUGUGUGUGUGUGUGUGUGUGUGUGUGUGUGUGUGUGUGUGUGUGUGUGUGUGUGUGUGUGUGUGUGUGUGUGUGUGUGUGUGUGUGUGUGUGCUGCCCCUCAGCAGAUCGGCUGACUCAGGCAUUGAGCGCCCUCCCCCCCCCCCCAACAGACCCCCGUUCUGAAGGGAGAUGUCUUCUUCGCAUGGCCAUACUACCUUUUAUUGCUUUCUUUUAAGGCGUGUUUUUUUUUUUUUAUUGCGCUGAAUGACGGCCGUCCGUGUGGGGUGGCUGCACGUGGGAUUUUAAACGGAAACAUUGUUUUUGGGCUGCUGAUGUCAACAGAAUUGCGGUUCUGUUAGUUUGUUUGCGUUUCCACGUAAAGAGGAAAAUACAAGCCAGGUAUUCCUCCAGACACACGGUCACCUAGCGUGAUGCUCCGAAAGUUACCCUCGAAAAUGAAGCUAUUACAGAUUUGUCGCCAGUCCGUAUAAAAGAAGUAUAAACAUACUUCUUGCAUUUGAUGGGCAUAAUCCAUUAUAUUAGCAUGUGGUCAAUUACACAGUGUAUGGUCAAUCACACCAUAUGAUGUUCUGAGAUCGAUAGAACGGAGAUAUUUCUCAUAAUCGGGUUAUUGUUCUCUUGAAUUGACUGAGUUUGGCAGAACCUCAAGAGUGCAAUGUUGAAGGAUCCUAGCGAAUAGAGAACGGACACACUCGCCUGGCCGCCCGUAAACAAAGUCGCUCCUCGGUUUCUUAGGUUUGUUUACACAGGAGGAAAACAUCCAGUCACGUGAUUAAGCAAAUUGUUCUCACUUGUAUGUGUAAUGCAAUAAUAAUCUAAAUAGUCACGUCUCCAUUUAAAGAUAUUAUUUUUAUGUUUUAUUUUAAUGAGUUUAUAUGACAAAAAGCACAUUCUUACAAAAAUAUGUUGCACGUUUCCCAAGCAGAUUGAGCACUUGAUCAGUUGCUGGUUUGAUGGCCAGUGAAUAGGCAGAGGUUAAACGUAGUCACUACAAGAGCUAACCAAUUUCUAUUCUAUACAUUUGCCUUACUCUAUACUCUUUUAGAAAGGCUUCUGUUAUGUAUGACAUUGAAUUUGUUUUUUGUUAUUAUAAUCACAGCAUUUUCUUCCUAAUUUUACUUUAAUCUGAUCUGUUGCUCAGAUUUAUUACUACUUAUUUUCACCUGCUAACGAACUCCUGAAUCUGGAAAAAUAUUAUAUAUGGAAAAUUGAGUUAUAUAUGAAACCAGUAUUAUAAAACGCAUGACAAGUGCAAUGAAAGUUGCAUUGGUGGUGAAAUGAAAUUUGCAAUAAUCGUUAUUUCAAUAACUAAGUUAUUCUGUGGUAUAUGCUAACAUGGGCCAGAGGCUUUCUCAUAGGCUAGUGAGUUCAUUUCAGAGCAUUUAUCACAACAUAUUUAAUACUCUAAACUGAUGCAUAUAAUGUUUAUGUUUGAUUCCUUUUCUUUAAAUUGAUGUGUCAUUUCUAGCUGCAGGUCUAGUCGACAUGCAUGAUACUAAUAGAUAUGGCCCGAUGCUGCAUUGGCAUCACAUUGGAAUUAUCAGAUGGACAUGCAUAGGAGAGUUGUGUCCUCAUGCUGAAAGAAAUGCACCGCAAAUUGUGUUCUCCCUGUGGCAAUAAAAGACAACUUGCAGAGCUGUCAUGUAAUGCAUAUAAAUGGCUGAAAUUUAGCUAUGGAAAUGUUUGUUUUGCAACAUUUUUUCACACUUUACACAAAUGUGCAAUAUUGCCUUUAUUAAAAAAGAGAAGUCUGAAGGUAGAAAGCGAUGUGUUUUUAAUGUUUAAUGGGUGUUCUGUUUUGCAUUUUUGAAAGUGAACAAAGAGUUGACCAGUGUUUUGAGUGCUUUGUUGGGCUGAUGUGUGUGGGAGAUUUUUUUGGGAGGCCAGGUAUCCAAUGUCAUCCGAGCAAUUAAUAUUGCAUUAACUCUCCCUGGGAGGAUCGCUAUCGUGACAUAAGGAUCUGGUCAGACAUCUGUUUGUAAGAAAUUGUUUAUUGUUGACAUACAUAUUGAAUAAACUGACAACUUUUUGAAAAAUCAAUUUGUGAAAGGUCACAAGUCGGGGCAUUUAUGAAAGAAUACCAAACUUGUCAAUAAACUGAUGACUCAUUGAAUCAGACAAUCAUAAUCCUAACCUGCAUUACUAGCGCAGAUGAGGAACGCCGAAAUCACGAAAGGUCUGGUCAGCCAAAGCUUGUACGCUGAGGUUAACCGUAAGAAAAGCCUCAGCUGGCUGGCGUAUGGAAAGCUUCAUGGAGUUACGAAAUAUAUUUAUGGUUCUGUGGUUUUUCUUCCAUGGUGUUUAAUAGAGGCAUUGUGGUUUCUGUUUGGGGAUUUUGUUACAGUCUAGGUAGGAAAUGGGAGCCAUAUCUUGUUUUAAUGACUUUAGGAUCGGAGACUGCUCACAUCUGUGAUGUUUUAAUGUCCUCUUUGACUUUGUUUCUUCAGUUACGACAGCUAUUAGUACCAGUAUUAUUGGAGCACAUCAAAAAAAAUCUCAGGAAAAUAGUUAUCAAUCUUGCCGCUUUCCUUAUUUUGCUUCUGCCUGUUUGUACCCAUCUGAUAUUUUAUUAUGUCAUUAAGUGGAACCUUUUGAUCAGUGUAAAAAUUCUGUUUUAAACAUGAAUGUUAUUUUGCAGAAAGGAAAACACUAAUAUAGCUAAAUAAUCUUUCUUUAAUGAUGUCAUUGUCGAACAAAGUAUUCAUUGAGACUUGUGGACAGGGGUCUCCUCUGUGUUGAGCACAAUGUGUGUGAGUGUUUCCUCUGCCCUUUGAAACCAUUUAUCAUAUUUAUCUUGCUCAUGAUUAUGUUUGGCAUUGUUGAAAUGUUUCCCACCACAUUUAUCAUACUUUCCAGAUUAAUAUUUUGUAGGCUUUUGUUUGCCCAAAAAGACUCCACUUUUGAUGAUGAAAAAGGAGUGGAACAAUAUUUUGUUGUGAACUCGGAUGACAGGAGAGUGAGUUGUAUGUUUGAAUUGAUGUCUCAUUUCAAUGUUACAAAAAGAAAAUAAACAAUCUCCACUAUGGCCGAA